CGUGCGAGAGUACUCAGCGAGCUGCUGGUGUACGCAGUAUUAGCUAAGUUACAUGGUGCAUACCUGCACAUCACGCACAAACACAGCAUGUGCUCAUAUUACUCCCCCAAACAAAACAUGCAGAUAUGGGACUAGGACAAAUAUGGAUCUUUUCCGUGACCCACUGAAAGCUCUUUUCUGAAAUGUCAUAUUGAUGUUUCCUCUUUCUCUUCAAACUCCAUUCCACACCGCACCACUGUCUUAAAAAUUGAGGAAUUCAGCACUUGCCUGUUUUUUAAUAAACAGCUUUCACUGCAACCAGUGUUUGGGAUAAUAUAGAUGUGACUCCAAACCGGAGAUGAGAGCAACACCGGUGGGUGCUGGAUCAUGCCUCUGAGGACGGCUAGGGCUAUCGUACUGCAAUGGGUGAGACGUCUUUUGUGGGCAAUAGAAAACAAGCAACAUAUGCUGACUGCCUGUGAUGGAAGAACUUGACAUCAGUGAGAGGCUGUAUGAGAGUAAGCCACACCCAGCCUCAGGUUUUGGUGUGCUAGAAAGAACUGUCCUCAUCAGCUUCCUCUCAGCUGUGAUAUUGAUGACCAUUUUGGGGAAUCUCUUGGUUAUGGUGGCAGUCUGCCGUGACAGACAACUUCGAAAAAUCAAGACCAACUAUUUUAUUGUGUCACUGGCAUUUGCUGAUCUACUGGUUUCUGUCCUGGUGAUGCCAUUUGGGGCUAUUGAGUUGGUACAAGAUAACUGGAUAUAUGGGGAUACAUUCUGUCUUGUGCGGACAUCUUUAGAUGUUUUACUCACCACAGCUUCUAUACUUCACCUCUGCUGCAUUUCUCUAGACAGAUAUUAUGCCAUCUGCUGUCAACCACUGGUUUACCGUAACAAGAUGACCCCAUUACGCAUAGCUGUAAUGCUUGGAGGAUGCUGGGUAAUUCCCUCAUUCAUUUCUUUCCUUCCAAUAAUGCAAGGUUGGAACACCAUUGGGAUACGGCAUUUGAUAGAAGCCAGAAAGUUCAGCAAUAAUACAAACUCAACCUAUUGCGUCUUCCUGGUCAACAAACCAUAUGCUAUCACAUGCUCAGUGGUGGCGUUCUACAUCCCAUUCUUCCUAAUGAUGAUUGCCUACCACAGGAUUUACGCCACAGCCAGGGAGCAUGCUCGGCAAAUUGGCAUGCUUCAGAGGGCAGGUGCCUCCACAGAUGCCAGGCAACAGCCAGAUCAACACAGUACUCAUCGGAUGAAAACAGAGACCAAAGCUGCCAAAACACUCUGCAUAAUUAUGGGAUGUUUUUGCCUCUGUUGGGCACCAUUUUUCAUUACCAAUGUGGUGGACCCUUUCAUAUACUACAGUGUGCCAGAUCAAAUCUGGACAGCUUUCCUGUGGCUUGGAUACAUCAACUCUGGUUUGAAUCCCUUUCUCUAUGCCUUUCUGAACAAAUCCUUCAGACGUGCCUUCCUUAUAAUUCUGUGCUGCGGCAGUGAGAAGUACCGAAGGCCCUCCAUUCUUGGACCAGCUGUCCCCUGUUCUACUGCUAUUAACGGAUCUACACAUGUAUUAAGUGGAUGCUCGGCUGUCUCCAAGCUGCUCUUGCUGUUCUGCAAUAGGCCCGUUCCUGUCUAACCUGAUGAACAUCCUAUAUAGAGUUCUACACAACGGACAUCAUCAAGAUCUGGAGAAACUUUCCAUUCACAAUGAUCCUGAAUCCCAGGAAUCAUGUUUCUGAUCAAAUCCAAAUGGGGACAUGAUGAAUGAAAAUUAAGAGCUGACUAUGGCCAGUGAUCUAAGGAAUACAACAACAACAACUGAAUGGGCUAAAAAAUACAAACUCUGUAGUCAUCCAUGGUGGGAGGAGGGGAAAUAUAUGCUUAUAUUUCUGCAUCAUGUUGCAUUAUCAAAAUGUUGUCCUCAACUGUAUAUUUUGUGGUCAGAAAUCAUUCCAUUUUAUGAUUCAGGUUUUUUCCAGCCAUUCAGUCAUUAUGAAUGGAGUUAUUACUUGAGCCAAACAAAUAUAUGUGGAUCUGCAGAUCAGAUUCUCACCAAAGAACACUAGAGAAAUAACAGUUUAUUCACUGUUGUUAAAAAAACAUGGAAUAAGGAAUGUGCAGCACAUCUGUGUGUUCAUCGCUGUGGCAAUGUGCUUAGUAUAUAUUUGAAAUAUCAAGUGUUAAGUGCAAAUUCUGUGGCUGGUGUUGCAUGCUGUGGUGAAAGGGAGGGUUUUUAUCAGAUUUUUCUGCCCUGCAUGUUGCCUCCAGUCACUCAGGUCUACAGGUGUGUUAGUCCGCGGUGCACAGCCCAGAGUGGGGUUACUGUGAUAUGUUAGUUAAACCAAUGGUUCACUGUUAGGUGCUAUUUUGACCAUGGGUAUGACAAACAAAGGUAGCCCCAUUCUGGAGUGCCUUAUUUCUAAUCAUCAGAGAUGGCAGGAAUAUGUAUUUUAAAUAACUGUUUCUUUUUUUACCUAUUUAAAGACAUGGUUAUGUUAAACCUCUGAAGGUCCAUUUGACUGAGACUUUUCAGUCAUAAAUGUGACCCUCAUUUACACCAAGCAAUGAGUAUAUUUUCUUGGUGCUUGUGCAUAAUGAAAAGAAAGGAGUGCUGAUGUUCUUUAGAGAUGAAAAGAACUUAAUUAAAUGCAGUUAACUUUGAUAUAUUGUAUAGCAUUCUACAGUUAAAUCCAGAAAUAAUUAUUCCUUCAAACAGUUGUCAGAUUAAUGCAGCUACAACAUUCGCUUACAUCAUUUUACUUGAAUUAACCUCCAAUAUAUGCAUAAUGUAUGGGUCAAGUGUCCAGAACCUUUGAGAGAAUGUUUAGGUUUUAGCAUGAACAAAAUGAGUCACCUCUAUUAGUCUAGAAUCAAAUGUUACUGGCUAAAAAUAUGUUAUAUGGAGUUUACAUCCAAAAGCACUGUGGAGCAUUUCACUUAAAGUGAAAGAACAACACAAACUUAUACCCCUUCCAUAUCCAGCAAUAGAUGCAAUGGAUAAUAAGCACUGCUAGAUUGUAGCCUUCUGAGUGGCUUCUGUAAGGUAUUAUCUUUUAGUGUUUUGGUGUUUGUUAUGUUUGUUUCCUGUUGCUUAAAUAGACUGUUUCACAGCCUUGUGUAUUCUUACAAAUGCACAGAAUAUCUGUGUUAAAAUAACAAAAAGUAUUGCACAAUCUAUGUCUGUGAAAUAUACUAACCAGUUUUCCAAAGACCCAUGUAUAUGGCAGGGUACUGCCUGUGAUAACUUAAAAGUUUGAUGGACAUCUUUUGCAGCAGUGAAGCAAACUGUUCUAAGACAUUUUUAGCAUCUAUAGUGUCAUAAAUUGAAGAAAAUGUGACGGCCAAGUUAAAUCUAAUAAAGGUUAGAAAAGACACAGACUGAGUUUAAAGCACUGCUGCUCUUGAUACUGUAAUUGAUGCAAACCUUGGAAAAACACCAAUUCAAUAACUAAAAAUGGAAACAGUAGUAUAUAAGCACAUUUAUGUAAGACAGGAUCAAUGGAAAGGCUAAAAUGUCCCGCUCACAAUAAAAUCUGCAGUAUCCAUAAUAGGCAACAGGCCAGUAAAGCCAUUUUUGUCUAGAAGUGCUUACCUGCAGUGAACAGUGACUAGUGAUACCUGUUCCAUUCCUUUCAUAUGGGGUACAAUGCUGUGACAUUUUAAGAGGGCACUUCAUGCCAGAAUCGUGCAGUAUUAAUGCAAGCAAAUAUAUCAUACCAAACUGUGAUGCCCUUGUUUUUCAGCAGUUCAUGGAAAAUAAAAAUACCCAGAGUAAGUGACUAUUAGGUUCAUCCAGUCUACUCACCAACUUUUUCACUAACUUCCCUCUGGCAGCCCUAGCUGGUUACUGGUGUCAUGUCCUUGUGCUUUGUGCAUGUCUGUUUUGAUAUAUAUCAACACGUACAUCCCUGUAUGCUUGAAACAUCUGCUACUUUUGCUGACAUUCUGCUCCAUACAUCCACCAGCACUGGGAAGAAGAAUGCAACCACAGGUAUCUGCGUGCAUCACUUUACACUGAUUUUUUUUUUCAUAAUUUAAGAUGCAUUUCCUUACUUUGCCAUUUCAUCCAUGACAGAUACUUGUAAAUCAUUAAUAUGUUAUUGCUUCCCUUCUUGUCUUCCAGCUUAUAUAUUUUUGAGAUGUCUCAGGUUUGCAUGCAAGAUUCUUCAUGAAAGAACUGCACAAUUUUAGGGGUCCUUCACCUAGCUGCUCCCAUAUUUUUUUCCUUGCUAAGCUGCAGUCACUAGAUGUAAACUCAUCACAAAGAAAUGUAGUGUAUAGCUGCAGUCAUCACACAUGACCAGAGCCUCAGCUAGACCUACACACCUGUGCAUCUCUUUAUCCCAGGCACACUUUCCACUGCAUCAUUAUACAGCUGGCAGGGGGCGUAAUUUCUUUGCAACUAUGGUUGCCCCCCCCUUUUCUAUACUUGGAUCUGGGGAACUAAUGCACCAUUCUGAAUAUUUAGCACUGGGCUCCAGCUGCUAUACUGUUCGUCAUGAUGGACAUAAAUGUAUGACGGUUUCUUUAGUUCAGCUCUGCAUACAGCUCUCUUUGGUACGUGAGACUAAACAUCAAAAUCUCCUGUUACACGUUUUAAAUACCGCAGGAUUGUGCCAGCUUGUUGAGCAGCGUUAGGUAAUAACGAAGACAUCAUGGUUUUGGUUACCAUUACUUCACGGCUUUGAUUGAACUGUUGUUGACAGUCAGCCAAAGAGCAUUACACAUAACUGUUUAAAUGUUGCAACAUUCUUUCUGAAUUUUAUUCCUAAUAUCAUGAAUAGCAGCCAAUCAAUGAUGAUCACUGCUACUUGCUCUAGUUCUCCAUAACAUAAUGUGGAACUUCACCCUAUAAAACUUCAGAAAAUGUGUACACAAAAGCUUCAGUACAAUUUUAUACAGCAAAAUGAUUUAGCAUCAAGGACAAAUUAAUUAAUGUAUUUCUGUGUUCAUCUUGGACUAGAGAUUUUUAUUCUUGUUUUUUCUCCCAAACGUUCAGGUAUUCUACAAUGAAUCCAAAUCAUGUACAGAAAUGUAAGUGUAAAAAUAAAGGAAACAAAAGAUCAUUCUAUUUAUUAUUUAAAAUUGAUUGAACUAUAUUUAAUGAGCUUCUGAUCUAAACCUUGGAGCUCAGAUUAUAUUAUUAUAUGUUAUAUGUUACUAUGUGACAGCUAUUUAUAAUAAGUUGAUAUAACAAGUGUUACUAGAGUAUGUUUAGAAUUCAGAACAAUUCACUUGAGAUCCUGUGUGAGUAACAUUAUGAUAGACAUCUUAUCUUAUCCCUCAUGUUUAAGGACAGCCUUACUUAAAUGCUAGUCUUCAUCUUGUCCAGUAAAUUUAUUAUUUUAAAAAGAAGCAAGAUGGAUCUAUGCAAUAGAUUUGUCAGCAGGGAAAAUAAAUUCAACAAGUUUCAAAUAAGCAUUUAAUAUACUACUAUGAAGGCCAGUAUUUGACUUUAAGGGAUAUACUACUUAUAACACUAUGUUGUUGCUGUACAGAAUCACGGAUAUUUUCAAAAGCCUGAUGAGCUUCUGAUAAUGGGACAAUAUUUGCUCUUCUUACCUGCUUUAAUCUAUGAUAUGGGAAGAUAUGGGGUUUCUGUUGCUGUGUUGUCACUACUGAAAUAUUGCUUUUGCAUUGUUGCUUGGAUGAUCUGUUCCUUUUUAUAUUGAUCUUGUCCACUAAAAUAUAAUGUAAUACAAAAUUUGCUUAAUCAGAAAAAUACAUGUGUAUGUAACUUUGGUAGUGGUAUUUGUUACCAUUAAUUACUUAACCUCUCCCAAAGAUUGUUCUUCUGUAGGUUGCCACAAUUGGUUACCUACUCAGGAGUAAAUACUUCCACAUCAUAUACCUAUUUCAUUCAGUUAUGGUACUGUGAGUAAUAGUUUCUUUCUGCAGACUUGUAGGACUAUAUAUAUAUAUAUAUAUAUAUAUAUAUAUAUAUAUAUAUAUAUAUAUAUAUAUAUAUAUAUCUAAGCUAAACAGUUUGUAAUGUUGAAACUGUACAGAUGCUCAGAAAAAUCAGUGUCCCUUAAAUACUUCACUUUUUUUGGACAGGAAAAUUUGAAAUACUAGUUUCUAUGUCUGAAACAAAAAUGUCAAAUCUGAAGGAUGUGAACAACUCAAUGAGUGAUGGAUGAUACAUUAUUCAUAAAGCUGUUGCUGGAUUAAAAAACGUUUGUAACAGAAUGACUGACUAUUCCUUGCAAGCUAGGGUGGGGUGGCUUGGGCAGUUAUAGCAUGGAUCUCCUAUGGGAUAACAAGAUAUGUAAGAGCAUAUAAGAACACAAGAUAUGGCUGAGCAUAUUCAGUAAGUAAGAAGUUAGAGCAGCAACUUCAAUUUCCAUAUAUUGGCAGGAAUAAACAUGACAGCAUGAAAAUGUGACAACCUUAUGGACAGCGAUAAUUGUGAGAAUGUUUAUGCGACAACCUUGUGGGCAGCGACGAUUGUGAGAAUGUUUAUGCGACAACCUUAUGGGCAGCGACGAUUGUGAGAAUGUUUAUGCGACAACCUUAUGGGAAGAGAAGAUUGUGAGAAAGUUUGAAGAAUGACAUUAUGAGGUAGGAGAAUGCAUGGGGAAUAUAUGACCAAGUGAUAUGCUCUGGUAUUAUAGAAAAUAAAACUCAGAUGGUGAAUUUACUUACUGGGACCUAGCUCUCGAAUUGUUAUCUGCUGAAAGCAUCAGUUUGAUGUAUACAUCUCUGAGAAAAUAUUAGCCAUGACAUGAGGACUUAAAUCUUUUUUCUAGGACGAUCCACCUUCCAUAACCAGGUGCAGCCAGUAAGUUUGCCAUAGCAGCUUUAAACCAAAGGAAUAGUAUUUCAGUAUGUACUGCCCUCUAGCUGUUUAAUGAAAUCUGUGGGGUCUAGAAAUAGAAACAGCCUAAGAGAAUGGGAAUAUUUUUAUGAAUAAGGAAUCCACAGCCCCACCACAAUUUAUGAAAUGCCUACAGGUAAUGCAAGGUAUAUAUCCCCUUUCAAAGUCAGUGCAUUGCAGACAUAAAUAGUUUUACUGGGUUUUACCUUAUUCUUUAAUCUUGGAUUUUUGUAAGACACAAAAGAGUGUGGGUAAAACCACCAGAUGGUGUGCUUAUCACACCUCACCCCACAAACUCUGAAGUGCCUCACUUUGCUUUCAAUAUGUUUGGAGUAAUGCUUACAAGAUCUAAAUACAUGGUGAUUUUGAAAAACAUGUCACAGUGUUCCAUUAUCAUGCUAUUUUGUUUCAGCCUCUCUGGAGGCAGGAAUGUAUGCCAUUUAUUAAAGUAUCUUAGUAUGGUUCUCUGCUGAGCCUCUGAUAUGCAUGCUACUUGUACCAGUUAAAGCUGUUCAUUUGUAAGCAUUUUAAAUCAAUAUUUUAUGUGGAAAUGUAACUAUUUCUGGUCCAAGUUCAACUGCUAUGUUUUGUGCACACUUUAAAGCUUUUGUGAUGUCAACAUAAGCAUGCCUACAGCAGUUCUUGUGUUGAUGAAAGGGGGUACAAUAGUAACUGCACAAUAUAUUGACAGAAUGAUUGUUGUUUAGACAUGAAAAGUUACUCAAAUGUAUACAUGUGAUAAGGGGGAAAUAUUGUUGGUAAUCCAUGUAAUAACAAAAGAAACAGUUUUAAACAAUCUACUUAUUUUUUAUUUUGAUUAAAAUGGCUGCAAUGACAUAUGCUAGAA